CGCGUACACAGCCACCAAAGUCAGAAGCCUAUUUAAAAUAGAGUAUUUGCCUUUGAGCAAAACAAAAGGCAUUCCUCUUAAGAAUUUUAGUAGACAGUACACAAUUUCCAGUUGCCAUCACAAGCAAGCAACAUGGCCGCACAAGACAGUCCCCCACCCUACGAUGAAGACAACUUCAGCAGACCAACCGAUCUAGUCGAGCCAAUAACCCUCUCUCUGGCUGCAAAAUCUGUGACCCAAAUCUACCCCUGUAUUAACGACAAGCCUAUCGAAAUGUACCGUUUGUCUUGGGACAUCCUCCACAACCCAACCUACACCGGCAAGGUCACAGUCGAGCGGGUGAACCACUCACUGCGAACAACGGUCAAUGACAGCUAUCAGAUGCGGUCUUGUACCCAAGAAAUCUACACUAUACAAUGCAAUCCUUCCAUGCCCAAAACUGCAUCCGCCGCGCAAGCUGAGUACGGCAUUCCCAAAGCGUGCAUCCUGCGUAUCAACAAGAACCGCGGUAUGGGCAACUUUGGGUUGAAGAAGAGCUCUCUACGUAAGAAAUGGACCGUCCUACCGCUCAAAAUGGACAAGGCCACAGGACAUACGGUAUUUGAUAAAGAUUCAAAGGCGCUGUUCCACAUGGAGGCUAGGAAUAGCGGGUUGGCGUGGAUGAAUACGGAGGGGAAGGAGAUUGCCGAGACUGAGGUGGUAGGUGAGGAGCAUCGCUUGGUGAUUAAGGAGCCGUUAAUGCGUGAAUUAGUGGACGUCUUGAUUAGUAUAUGGGUUUGUCAAAUCUGGGAUGUGCUCUCGAGAGAGGCCGCAAGCAAAUCUUCAAUGUCCAAGUUUUUAUCUAUAAUGUCACACACGAAGCAUGGUAGAGGGCCGGCGGGGGCUUUAAUAGGAGCUUAAGCUCUAUUAGUUGUAUUACUAGCCAAGCUCUAUACUUCCAAUAUAGACUUAUAGAUUCCUUUCUGUAGAACUAAAUGGGAUUAGACGCCACUUAGUGUUAGGAACGAUGGAAGUGGUAAAUGUGCCGGAACUGGUAGUCCAGUUGUCAUCCACGGGCACCCAUCAAUCCGUAGUCUUGUCGUCAUAGUUGUACUGUUGGAUCACGCUCACGCAGGCAUACGCACUGCCCUGUAAGCUUGUACAAGUACUGCCUGUGUCAGGGUUCCAUAACACCAGAUCGGC